UAUAUACAACAAACCUCACAAACACGGUGACACGCAAACUCAAAAGUCUAUAUGUUGUUUAACUCGGUUUUCAUCUUUUGUGGGUCUCUCUUCACCUUUUUUAUUUGUGGCCAUAAUUAUACUCCACUCCUUCUUCAUCUUUUCAAUUCUCUCUCUUUCUCUCCAUGAAAACCAAAACAUGACAAACAAAGGAACACCCUCAAAGACCGUCGAGUGUUGCAUGUGUGGUGAUCUUGGUUUCUCUGAUCAGCUUUUUCAUUGCAAAAUUUGCCAAUUCAGAUCUCAACACAGGUACUGUAGUAAUUUGUAUCCAAGAACAGAAUUUUCUGGAACAUGUAACUGGUGUUUGAGCCAAGAAGAUUCACCAAACUCAUCAAAUUCUUCAUCAUCUUAUAAGAAUAAUGGAAGCACAGAAGAUGAAGGAAAGAACAAGAAAAUUAUAAAAAAUUGUAUUAUGAAAAAAGGACUAAUUAAAGGAAAUGGUGGUGUUGGUGGUGGCGGUGGUGGUGGUGGUUGUGGUGGUGGUGGUGGUGGUGUUAUUCAUCUUCAACUUCCAAAGCCUAGUAAGAAACCAAAAUCACCAUCAACAGAAGCAAAAUCACCAUUGUCAUCAACAUCUCCAUCGGUUAUAGUUUCGACUCGGAAGAGAAUCAUUACAAAUGGUGCUUUGGAAGAGAAAUUGAGGAGAACAAGAUCAGAAGGUGUUAUAAAAAGUGGUAAUACAAAUAGUGUGGGUGCUACCAAACAUGUUUUCAGGAAUAAGGUGAGAAGGUAUAAGCUUUUGGAGGAAGUUUCAAGUUAGAAUGAAAAGAAUAAAAUUAUUAGAAGAAUGGGUUUUGUGAGAGAAAAAAAGAAAAGGGUUAUCUUUUUUUUUUUUAAUGUAUAUUAUGUUUUUGAAGUUUUGUCUUGAUACAAUGUAUAGAAAAAAUGUGAAUGAAUGAAUGAAGGAGUUAUGAAUGUUUAGAUUCACAAUAAGAUACACAAGUACUUUGAA